UCUCUCUCUCUUUCUCUCUCUCUGUGGCUGAAACAAAUGGGUAGUAACGGCAACGAGAAGUCCCCAGUCCAACAAGAGCCCCCAAGACCCAGACCCAGACCGUCUUCCUCCCCCUCUCGCUCCCUAUCCUCAUCUUCCGCAGAAACGACCACUCCCACUCCGACUCCCACUCCCCCACCACCGCAAGAACCGCUGCAGCAGCAGCUACACCCUUCCCCAGCUCCCACCACCCUCACGUCCGACAUUCCAGCUUCUACUGUUUCCAAAGCCACCACCGUCACUUCCCGCCCACAGGAGCAAUCCUCCACCGACUCUGACGUCAUUCACAUCCCCAGCUAUUCCCGGUGGUUUUCGUGGAACAAUAUUCACGAAUGUGAGGUCCGAUUUCUCCCCGAGUUUUUCGACGGUAGAUGGCCUUCAAAGACCCCUAGAGUUUACAAGUACUUCAGGAACACUAUAAUUCGAAGGUUUCGACAAAAUCCUACGCGAAAGAUCACCUUCACCGAGGCUCGGAAGACUAUCAUUGGAGACGUAGGCUCGAUUCGGAGGGUGUUCGAUUUCUUGGAGGUCUGGGGUCUGAUUAAUUACUCGGGUUCGGGCUCCAAGCCGCAGUUGAAGUGGGAAGACAAGGAGAGCAGCAAGUCCAAUGCCGCGGCGUCUUCACAAAGUGGUGAUCCAGGGGGCACUUCGGCUGCUGAUGUUGCGGCACCCAAGAAAAGAUUGUGUAAUGGAUGCAAAUCUGCUUGUAGCAUUGCUUGCUUUACUUGUGAUAAGUUUGAUUUGACCCUUUGUGCGAGGUGCUAUGUCCGUGGUAACUAUCGUGUUGGUGUCAGUUCCACUGAUUUCAGACGGGUUGAGAUAAGUGAAGAGGUAAAGACAGAUUGGACUGAUAAAGAAACUUUGCACCUUCUAGAAGCCAUUAUGCAUUAUGGUGAUGAUUGGAAGAAGGUUGCAGAGCAUGUUGGUGGUAGAAGUGAGAGAGAGUGUGUUGCUCGCUUUAUAAAGCUUCCAUUCAGGGAGCAAUUUGUUGGCCCUCCAGAUUCUGCUGAGGUUGAUUUUAAGUUUUAUCAAUCAAAUGACCAGAAUGACAGUGAAUUUGGGUCUCCAACCAAAAGGAUGUGUCUCACACCACUUGCUGAUGCCAGCAACCCGAUUAUGGCUCAGUCUGCUUUCCUCUCGGCUUUGGCGGGUGUAGAGGUUGCAGAAGCAGCGGCUCAUGCUGCUGUGUGGACUUUGUCUGAAGUCAGUGACCGGAUGACAAAAGAUACUAUUAGAUCUCUCACUGCUGGUGCAAGACAGCAAGAAUCUGAUGUAAAACCCAAUGGCGCCUCCAGUAGAGAAACACUAGAAGUGGUGCAUGUGGAGGUGCGGCUGCAGCUUGAAAAGGAAGAACAGGACGUAGAGAGAGCAAUUGCUGGUAUUGUUGAAGUGCAGACCAAGGAGAUUCAGGACAAGAUUGUUCAUUUUGAGGAGCUUGAAUUACAAAUGGAGAAAGAGUGGCAACAUCUGCAGCAGAUGAAGAAUCUGCUUUUUGUUGAUCAGCUCACACUACUCUUUCAUAAAACUGCUGCACGAAAAACUGGAGAAAGCACUGUGGAGAUUAUUAAAUCCGAAUGAAAAUUUAUAAUUUGUUAUAUUUUCCUUUCAGGAUUCACUUUGGAGCCUAUAGUUUCCUGUCAGAUCCACUGGGAUAACCUCUGUUUUAGGAAGUAAGUACCUGUUUAUUGGUGGAAAUUUUAUUGUAAGAUGCACAGAGAUCUGCCACACUUUGUAAUGAUAUUCGCCAUUUCUAGGAAAUUGGUAUCGCGGGGGAGUGGGGGCAUAGUUAAAAGAAGUAAAGAACUGCUUCCUUUUUCUUUUCUCCAGUUACUGGGCAAGUAAAAGAAAUAGUCAUCCGAAGGAGUACAUGCACAGACUUUUCCAUGUGUAUUUAGAUAUAAGCUAAUUUGUCUCCUUUGUGAAUGAGGGG